ACAACGACACUGUUGCAGUAACCAUAGUAACUUUAGCUGGUGGCUGUGAGAGUUGUUUGGUCGCUCUUUGUAAAGUUUGAUCCUCCAUGUAAAGGUCAGAAAGAUGGAAGGUGCUUCCAGAAACAGGUACAACAGAGAGGCUGCGGGUUUCAAGGCUUUCCUAAUGAGCAACAGCACGAAGAGCAAUCAGAAUCUCUAUGAACAUCUGACACAGUUACUCACCAGGGUGAUGGAUGAGCAUACCAACAAUGCUGUGGAUGUGAUUGAGGAAAUGAGCUAUGAUGUAAAACGAGCUUUAUUCACUGGCAUGCAGAGCACCUUGCGAGAUCUCCCACAAUUUACAGCUGCUGAGCUGCUGACGGACCAACAGCUCACACUGUUUUCCCGGCCAGAUGACAUAGUCCAUGAGGAUGAAAUGGGAGAAACAUUUCUUCCCAAUUUGAAUGAGAUUGGUUUCUAUCUGGAGCAAGCUGAAGUGGGUUUGGGCAGAGAGGAGAUGCAGAGGAUUUUCCUUGCUCUUAGGAAUCUUGUUGACUCUGAGGGACUGCCACGCUGCCGGUUGUGGGGAAAAAUCUUAGGAAUAGAGAGCAGCUAUAUUGUUGCUGAAGCUGAGUACAGAGAGGGAGAAGAGGACCAAGAUAGCAUUAAAGAGGAACUUGGGGAGGAGGAAAGGGAGCUUGAAAGUCUAAAGAAUGAGGCGGUAGAGACAAUUCAGUCAGUUUAUAAACCCCAGCUUGAGGUACCAAAGGAGGCCAUUGGAACAGGUGCUAACAAAUUUGCUUACUAUGUCUGCAAAGAGCCAGGUCUUCCUUGGAUAAAGCUUCCCCCAGUUUCUCCUGCACAGAUCACCAUUGCUCGUCAGAUCCAUAAAUUCUUCACUGGAAACCUCGAUAGCCCAGUUGUCAGUUACCCACCUUUCCCUGGAAAUGAGUCUAAUUAUCUGAGAGCACAGAUUGCCCGGAUCUCUGCUGGCACACAGGUAAGCCCCCAGGGCUUCUAUCAGACUGGGGUGGAAGACGUUGAUGAGGAAGAUGAGGUACCCCAGGAUAGCUAUGAAGUAAAUCCUGAUUUUGAGAGCAUUCCGGUUCGUGAAAUGGCUGAGUCAUUGUCAUCAUGGGUACAUCAUGUGCAACACAUCUUGCAACAGGGCCGUUGUACUUGGGUGAACAUAGCUGUGAAAUCAGAUGAAGAAUUUAAUGAGGAGAUAGAAGCUGAUGAGAAAGAAGAAGACAUUGAUGAGCUUGAACCACAGGUUGGACCUCCUCUGCUGACUCCUCUAUCCCAAGAUGCAGAAAUGUUUAACACUCCUCCAUGGAGCUCCAAGUUGUCCUCCAUACUGACUUCUCAGUAUGCAAUAGCUGUGCUACGUUCUAACCUCUGGCCAGGAGCAUUUGCUUAUGCGUGUGGAAAGAAGUUUGAAAACAUAUAUGUUGGAUGGGGUCUGAAGUAUGUAGGGGAGGUGUACACCCCACCAGGUCCCCCACUACCACUGAAUGAGUAUCCCAGUGGAUCCGAGAUCACUGAGCUACUGGACCCAUCCCCAGAAGAAGAACAAGAUUUCAAGGAACUUUUAGAAGAGCAUGAAGCUGUCCUGGAGGAGACAGAGGAGUCAGAAGAUGACGAAGACUGAUAAAUACAUAAUCUAAUUAUAUAUUUGAUAUGUAACUGUAAAGAGAAUUGAAUCAUAAAUAAAAUUAAAUGAAUUACAUUUACAACUAAAAAUGUAGAGUUAGAAUAAUAAGUAAGUUAAAUGUUUUACCUACGUUUGUUGCUUGUAUUGCAAAAGAAUGUGCUUACUUUUACUUAAUUAAAAAUACUCUGGUUCUGCCAA